AUGGCUCAAGUAAACGGCACCCACCAGCCCAACGACGACGACCACACGGCAGGAGUGGCAGUCGAAACCGUUCUGGAAUCCAAUGAGAUCAACCAAGCCAAUGGCACAAACCACAUACCCCCAUCAACAGCACACCAGAACCCAUCCUACAUCGACCGCAUCACAAUUCCCCUCCAUAACGUCCCAGCUUUCACUCCCACCAGAAGACUACGCAUUGCCAUCAUCGGAGCAGGCUACGCCGGUAUGACAAUGGCCCACAAACUCCAGCACAAAUACGCCAUCGAAAGCUCCCGUCUCCUGGACUUUGUAAUCUACGAGGCCCGCUCCACGGUCGGAGGAACAUGGGAUGCCAACACGUACCCUGGCGUCCGCUGUGACGUGCCGAGUGCGAUUUACUGUUUCCCCUUUGAGCCGAACCCGGAGUGGUCACAUUUCUUCUCCACCGGCCCGGAGAUCCAGGAGUAUUUCGUCAACGCGGUGAAGAAGUGGAACCUUGAUAAACAUGUGCGGUUUAAUCAUCGGGUGAAAGAUGCUUGUUGGAUCGAAGAUCAGGCGCAAUGGAGAUUGCAGGUCCAAAAUGAAGGCCGGACGUUUGAGGAUCAUGUUGAUAUUCUCAUAUCUGCCCGAGGCUUUCUUUCGACGUGGCGAUGGCCGAGUAUUCAGGGGCUGCAUGACUUUAAGGGGAAGAAGGUCCAUAGUGCCGAGUGGGAUCAUUCGUAUGACUACUCGCACAGACGUAUUGCGGUGAUCGGAAAUGGGUCCAGCGGGAUUCAGAUACUGCCGGAGAUGGCGAAGCUGGAAGGAACUGAAGUGACUAGCUUCCAGUACGUGACAAAAGACAUACCAAUUCGUCUUGAGGUUAACGUGUUGACAGGCGAGGGCCGACGUGGGUCGUGUCUCGGCACCAACCAGCAAAACUUAUGGGAAGAGAUGAUCCAGAUCCUAAUCCGCCUUACACGGAGGAAGACAAAGCUCGCCUUCGAAAUCCAGAAGAGCUCCGGGCCUACCGCAAAACGAUCUCAUCGGGGAUAAACAAGGGCUUCAAAUUGUUCGCCAAGGGUGCGUCGAAGGAGCUUGUCGAUCACACUGUCGGCGCAUAUUUCCGCUGACGCAUAACAGGCUCCCAAUACAACGCGGAGAUGACCGAAUUCGCUCGCAACCAAAUGGCCACCAGUCUAGGCCACGACCCUGAACUCUGCGAGAAGCUCAUCCCUAAGUACGAGCUAGGCUGCCGCAGAGUAACGCCAGGCAAUGGCUACCUGGAAGCCUUCACCCAACCCAACGUACACCUAACCAACAGCGAAGUCGCCCAAGUCACAGCAGAGGGCAUCCAAACGGUUGACGGCAACUUUCACCCUUGCGAUGUCGUAGUCUGCGCCACAGGUUUCGACAUCUCUCAGAUACCGACUUUCCCACUGAUCGGGCGAGACGGAGUCAAGCUCAGCAAGAAAUGGGAGCAUGAGCCAGAGAGCUACAUGUCGCUUGCAUGCCCAGACAUGCCGAAUCUCUUCUUCUUCACAGGACCAAAUGCUACCGUGGGGCAUGGGUCGCUGAUUUUCUCACUGGAUUGGAGUGCGGAAUGGAUGAUCAAGUGGAUCAAGAAGAUGGCGUAUGAGGAUAUAGCCUCUGUUGCCCCGAAACAGGACGUCGUUGACGAGUUUGUUCGAUAUGGGGAUCAGAUUCAUAAGACCCUGACUUGGACAGGUACGCGAUCAAACCAGCUGUCAUGUGCGGAGAAAUUGUUGCUGACCCUAUGCUCUUUGCUUUGGUAGGUGGCUGCCGAUCGUGGUACAAGGCCAAUCGUGUCAACGGACGCGUCACGGCGACAUUUGCUGGGAGUGCCAUUCUGUAUGAGAAGCUCGUAAAUGGGGCACUGAGGCCCGAGGAUUUCGACAUUGGGUAUCGAAGUGCGAACCGAUGGCGCUUUCUAGGGAACGGCUUCACUGAAUAUGAGCUGACGGAGGGGAACGAUCUGAGCUAUUAUAUUCCGUAG